AAAGUAGGCCCUUUAAGUGCUUGAGAGUUUAAAUUGAGUCUCUGGGGAAGCUUCCGCGUUGAAUCCUCUCCGCCGGCGCCUCCGUCUUCGUCUUCUCCGGCUCCGGCGAUCCCUCUGCCCCACCGGAGAGCGUGAUUCAGUAACUGCCAAUGGGGAUAAUCAGGAGCAGCUUCACUUUCCUGUUGGGAACCGGUUGUGGCAUAUACAUUGCUCAAAAUUACAAUGUCCCAAAUGUAAAGAGGCUCAUAAAUACUUGGAUGUUUGUGGCAAAGCACAUUGAAGAAACAUAUAGGAAGCCGAAGAAGGAUGAAGAUUAAUACCUUGCAUUUACUUUUUCUUUCAUGCCUGCAUUCGAGUAAGAGAGGUUGACCAUAGUAGAGAAUACUCCAUCAAAGCUUGUAUGGUGCACUGUUGUUAAGUGCGGCAUCAUAUUUUUUGGGCUCCAAGGUCCUAUUAUCUCAUUUUUGUUUGGUUUAAGUAAUGCUAUGUUUAUAAAUUUUAUACUAGGUUUUCCAUUAUGUUCGUGAGGAAUAAAAUGGCAUUUUUUAAUGCAGUUUUGUAGUUUGUGUGAAAUAUUUGUGGAAAUAUGUGAAAACCCGCCUGA